AUGGCUGCGGAUAGACGAAGUAUCAGAAGUGUAUGCAAACUUAUUUCGAAGCGUGUUGUUAGCACUGGAACUACAUUUCUGCUGAAUGACAGUAAUGAAAAAUCCUUUGAUGCAAAGUUGGAAGAAUUAUGGCUGAGCAAACAAGAAGCGAUGACUAUAUUUGUUGAUGAAAUUGAUAAGGUUCGAGAAGAAAUCAAGCUCCAAUUACACGAAUUCAUUGAAUACGGCAAGCACGAUGGGAUCUUGCGUAUACUAGAUGAGCCUCUAAUUGAAAGCCUUAUUGAGAUGUCUGAACCUGAACCUAAUACUGAAGAAAGUCUAAAAACAGUGCUACCCAGUCUGGAUUUGACGAAUAUACGUGAAUCAUCUCGUACAAGCACAAGAAGGUCUCGAGAAAUCCAGGAUAACUCAACAGGUUCUAUUUCUCAUCGAGAAGUUUCACUGUCUCCUGAUUUUGUGGAAGUAUCCGAUAGCUCGAUCGAAAAAUCUUCUUUUGCUAAUCAGAUAGUGGAUGAUAUAUUCUGUCAAGAUAGACAGGCGGAAGCGUUAUCUAUUGCCCAAGGAAAUUACUCGAAAACAGCAGAGACUAAUAUUUCGCUAAAUGACUCAAAAGAAAAAUUGAAUAAGAAAAUGAACGAGACAAGUGAGCUUUCGUCUCCAUCGUUCUACUCUGUUCCAUCAACAGAAGAAUCGAAUAAAAGUGCAGGGGAAUGUAAACCAUGGAGAAAAGCAAAGGCUAUACCCGUUUUACCCGAUGGUAGUGUACUGAAAACUCCGAGAGUACUUGAGAAUGAUGACUUGAAGCAACAGAUGAGAUAUUCAUCUCAUCGACUCUCUACAAGUUCAGACGAAAUUUUAUCCGAAAGAUUUUUGAAUGAUGAAAUAAGAUGGAACGAAGGAAAUCCCAAAGUAGUUCAAAUAGAUGUUGCGAGCAGCUUCAACUCUAAUAAAAAUAUUGAAUGUAUCAGUGCUCGUUCCUUAGAAAAAAAAAAAAAGGAAGCUUAG